ACAAGAGGGAUAACUCUAUUCUACUUUCAUUUUCCCACACACAAGGCAAACUCAUGUUUAGGCUUUUUACAUCAAGAUCGCUAUUUGAUUCAUCGGUUAUAAUUUCAUCCAUUAUUAAGAUGACAGCAAAAGAUAUGAAAGCUCCGAGUUCUAGUAUGCCACAGUUCAGGGAAGAUUUUGCCAAAUCUAAACAUAUUGUGGUCUUAACAGGGGCCGGAGUCAGUGCUGAAAGUGGUGUGCCUACAUUUAGAGGAGCUGGUGGUUACUGGAGGAAAUGGGAAGCACAGCAAUUAGCAACACCAGAGGCAUUUCAAGACGAUCCAUCAUUGGUGUGGGAAUUCUAUCACUAUAGGAGAGAAGUCAUGGGUACCAAAGAUCCAAACAAGGCUCAUAUUGCAAUAGCUGAAUGUGAAAAGAGGCUGAAAUCACAAGGAAGGAGAGUUGUUGUAAUCACACAGAAUAUAGAUGAACUUCACAAAAGAGCUGGGUCUGAAAAUAUUCUAGAAUUGCAUGGCAGUUUAUUUAAGACCAGAUGUACUAAAUGUGAAGAAGUUAUAGAAAACAGACUCAGUCCUAUAUGUCAUGCAUUGGCUGACAAAGGAGCACCAGAUCCAGAGGCAAAAGAUGCCAAAAUUCCUGUGGACCAAUUACCAAGGUGUAAAAAGGCCGGUUGUGGAGGACUUUUGAGGCCCCAUGUUGUAUGGUUUGGUGAAGGUUUAGACCCAGCAGUAUUGGAUUCAGCUGAGAAUGAGCUAGACCAAUGUGAUCUCUGUCUAGUGGUUGGAACCUCUUCUGUUGUGUACCCAGCAGCAAUGUUUGCACCCUCAGUAGCUGCCCGAGGAGUACCAGUAGCUGAGUUUAAUCCAGAAAAAACCGGUGUUACAAAUUCAUUAGGAUAUCAUUUCCAUGGACCGGCAGGCUCAUUUCUCCCAGAAGCAUUAGCUAGACACCCAUCAGAACCUGAAUAAAAACGCAUUAUAAAAGACCAUCAUCUGUGAUAUAUAAUAGACAAGUUUUAUCUGCAUUGAGUUCCAGAUUCAUCAUUAAUCAUUACAUUACGUUUCAAAGUUACACUCAUCAUCUGAAAGUGUAAUACUUUUUUCUAUUGAACAAAAAAAAAAGAGAUUAAUGUUUGUUCAAUAAUACAUUGUAUAUCCUUUUCAAUUAAUUUGACUAAUAUAACAGUAUACUGUAAAUUCGGAAAUAAUUGCGUGGUUUUUAUUAUUGUGAAAAAUGUGACUGGGUUGUAAUCACAAUAAAUUAAGCUUGCAUUUUGGAUUUUUUUGUAUGAAUGAAGGGGGAUUUUUCUCAGUAUCGUAAAAAUAAUAAUCGCAUUUUGGUCUAAAAUGACAAAAUCACAAUAAUAAAUGCAUGCAAUAAUUUCUGAAUUUACAGUAUAUGAUUUUGUCUAAGAAAUGAAUACUUCUCUGACUUUCCUGACUUGUUAUAUUGUAAUAUUAGAAUCAAUUAUUAAGAUUGAAGAAUGUAAACUCUAAGCUAUAAACAUCAUUGUGAGGAUAUUAUAGACUUUAACUAGAUUAUAGCAUUUUUGCAGAAUUUAUUGACUAGAUUGAACAAAUUUAUUUACAAAGGAAUACAAGUCUAAUGUACUCAAUCCUUAUAAUUCUUUUUUCUUUGUUUUAAUUUGGGUUUUUAACGACUCAGUUGUAACUAAUUUUACAUCUUUUGUUUUUAAAAUGUGCAUUUUAAAAGCUUCCAUGUUGUUUACAAUUGUUGUGGAAGUAAUGUAGUAAAUACAGUCUUGGUAACCUGACUCAAAAAUCAGUACCUGAAACAUUUGCAACCAUUAUCACUGCUUAUUUGUCCAUAUUACACAUGAAAAUCAUGUAAGAAUUACAUAAAGAUCAGUUUAUAAUAAAAUGGACAUUUUAUUUAUUUAUACCAUUAUGUUUAUAUUGUAUUUUACUGAGGUAAAAAUUGUGCUUCUAACAGCUUCAACACUUUUGGUUUUUUUUUGUCCCAAACCAUCUUUUUAUAAUAUGGUUAUGUCAGGCAGGAGGGCAUGUGGGUGGAAUAGGGAAGUGGGUACCUAAUUUGUGUAAUCAAUUUCUCCUACAGUUUUCAACCCAGAUCCCUAAAACUUCACAGGAAGAUUGAAGAUGUGCACUUGCUAUUAUGGAAUUGUUUGAGGAAUUUUUUUCUUAUUUUAUCCAGACUUUGGAACUUAGUCAUAUCAUAUGUCAGCAAAAUUUAUGAUCAAGGGUACAAGAUUUGUGUCAUCAACUUCUUGUACAGUUUUCAACCUAGAUCCCUGAAACUUCACAGGAAGAUUGCACAUAUGUGUAAGUUGUGCCCUUGCUAUUAUGGAAUUGAUUGAGGAAUUUUUAACAUUUUUUUGGACUUGGGAACUAAUUUAUUUUUCAGCAAAAUUUAUGAAAGAGGAUAAAAGUUUUUAACUUCUCAAGUUUUCAACCAAAAUCCCUAAGACUUCACAGAAAGAUUAUGCACAUGUUGAAGUUAUGAACCUGCUAUUAUGGAAUUGUUUGAAGAAUUUGUUCAGAUUUGUAUGAACGUGGGAACGUAGUUAUUUUUCAGCCAAAUUUAAAACCUUCAUGCAACUGCAACUUCGUUAUAAACAUUCUACAUUAAUUAGUCACAAAUAUUGUAACCCGGACAUUUGAGACUUUCCCCUUUUUUUUCCCUUCUGUGAAGGGAUAAGUUAACAUACAAUAAAAACUUUUAUUACAUUGGUAGCAAUGAAUUACAUUGAUUUCCCAGUUAAAUAAAAACCGAUAAUUUCACAUGUGAAAUAAAUGUGGUUAUUUCACUCUCUGACGUCAUACAACAAUAGGCGUUGUCAAGACGUCGAUAACGUCGGAUCAAAACAUAUUGUGAAUGCGUAGAAAAAACAUAUAGUUCCUUACAUUUUCUACAUUAAUUUCAUUAAAAAAAGCCAUUUGCCAAUGUAAUAAAAAGAAUAACUAAUCAAAGAAUUCAAAUAUCGAAAAAUAUUCAACUCGUGACCGAACAACACUGAUAAUUAACUCAUGCGCUACGCGCAUUCGUGAAUUAAUGUGUUGAUCGAUCACUCGUUGAAUAUUUUUCUCUAUUUGAAUUCUUCGAUUAGUUAUUCUAUAAUUAUAUUUUUCUAUUGUUAUAUAAUAUGACAGUUAUUUAAUCCAUGAUUUACUUCGGUAUUGUUUUCAGUAACAUUUACAUUUGAAAAUAAAAAUUAUAAAAUCAAUAGA